UUGGAUGUCAUGGGGGUGAGUAAAUUUAUCAGGAAAAGUGUAUUUAAAAGUGGACUAAUCCUUUAAGACAGAUACUUACUUUUCAACUUAUUCAUAAUAAAUAUACUCUGUUUCUAAGUUCGUGUACAAAGUAUGUCAUUGUCAUGCAGUGCGCUAUAAUAACCACUAAGGGGCGCCCUUUUCUGCCUUUCUGUGGUCAAGAUGUCCAUAGUGUGGAAGAAUGUCAACUCUAUGAGGCAUGACUGUCUCCAAGUGUGUAUUACAAAGUAAAAGAUCAUAUUCUUUCCCCACUCUACAAUGAAUACUAUUUACACUGUUAUGAGCUUUAGACGUUUUUAGUUCAACAUUAUAAUAUGUUGACAUGUAGUUCUUGUAUUAAUCCCUAUAGUUUACCAAUUGUCAUAUAUUCUCAACUAUUUGUACCGGACAUUUUCAUAUGAUUUAUGCUCUUAGAAAUAAUAUGAAUUUACAUUCUUUUAGGGCUACAAGAUACUUUGACUGCUUGUUGAUCUUUUUCAUGUUUUCCACACGAUGAAUAUAAUGUGGAACUAACAACGUUAGUGUGCUAAAUGGUUUGCUGGAUGUGAAAUAUUUAAGUUAUUUUCCUUGUUUUUCAAUCAGAAUAGAGUAUAAAGUUUGCAGCUCAUUGGUUACUCUGGAUUGUUUCUUUGUUUCUCGGCAAGGACAUCAUAGCCCUGCAGCAUAAACAUCACAGAUUUCACAGAAUGCAGGUGCUGUCAUGUGAACUGGUCAUUUGAGUGCAUCCAAGACAUAAUCAAACCUGUAGCAGACCAAGAUGGUGUUGCUACAGUAUCCACUAUCCACUUGAAGGACAUUUGUUUCCAUCUAUGUGCAAAAUCAUUGUUGUGUCAACAAUGCAGAAUCACAUGUUGCUAAAUGUUUCAUAAUUAUCUUGUACUACUAAAGUGCAAGUCUUAAUAAGUAGGGAAAUUAUAUAAAGGUCAUCUUUACCAGUUACAUAAAAAUCUGUUAAAAGGACAUGCUAUCAGGCAAAUCUAGUGAGCGCCUUCUUGCAUUAACACACCUUAAUACUUAAACAUCGCCUGAUCUGAUGGGCUGCAUGAUAAAUGUCAACUUAUUUCAACUAUGCCAUGUGGCGUCUGUAGUCUGUUUUUUUUUUUCUCAGGGUGAAUGUUCCCUGCAGUUUUAUCUGUCAGAAAGUGAUCAGAGAGCAUAAAGCAGGUGAUGCAAUGCAUGACUUAAGAUGUUAACUCAGAGUUCAAAAGGGUUCAUGUUUCUACAUAUAAGGAGGCCGUUUUUUUUGUUGUUGCUGAAACAUGUCUGAAGAUUUAUAAAAUGAAUCCAUUUGUUCAUGGAAAAUUUCUGGGGUUUGCAGAACUGUAAUUUGCAUGCAUUUUUUUACAUAGUCAAAUAAAAUAUCAUAUUUAUGUCAUAUUAUAAUGCUCUUCCCGACAGGGCAGAAUGGGUUAAGAUCAUUCCAUAAGAAUAUCAGAAAAAAAGAGGUAAACUGAAAAUUAAAACCGUUUAGUUAGUGCUCUUUUUUGCAACAAAUUUUAAUUCAGGGUAAUGAAGUGCCAAAAGAUGAAUAUUUUAAGGAAUAUUAUGCAAGAUUUUCAAAUUAACUUAUGUUAUAGUUCUCAGCUGGAGGAACUAUGAGGAAGCAAAACAUAUUUUCCAGCAAUUUGAACAGAUGGAAUGUUGAAUAGUUUGAACAACAGCUGCCUUAGUUUAUUUCUUUAAUCCAGUAGUAGAGACUUUAAAAGUCUCCUUUUUGGGCAGUUUAAAAUAUAUUCAUCAUGAACGUGGAUUGUUAUACUUAAAAAGAAAUAUAUUUAAUAAACCUUUUUAUUUAGAAUUAUGUUUUUUUCUACAUUUCUACAUGCUUUCUUAUAUUUUCAGUUAAAUUAAGACAUUUCUUUUGUGGACACAGAAGUAUAAAUGUUGCAUUCACGUCUAUCUCAUAUCUCCUUGCAUACUGAACUGAUCUGUAGUCAUCAAAUUCUUACCUUUUAUAAUGACUAAUACAAAGUUUUUGACAAGCUACAAAACAAGUUCAUCAAGUGUUCAGACACUCAGACAUUCAAGAUCUGGUGCUUUCAACCCGAGUAUAUGAAUACAAAAGCAUGUGCAUGUGCAGACUUUUGAAUAGGUGCUCAAAAUGUAUUUUCUUUUCAAUUGUCUUUAAAUCAAGUGCACAUUUCUGGCUUGCUUAGCAUUUUUAAAGGCGUCAAAGGUGUAUCCCAAAAGUACACUUGGUCUCAUAGAGGUGUAUUACAUGUAUUUCACUCAUUUAUCGUUUCUUUAAAAUCAAGUCUACCAAUAAGUGGGACCUGAAGCAUCAACAAGGCCAACACACUACUGUCCGUUAAAGAUGAAAACAACCAUGUUCUCAGAUAAAGUAACUUACUUUAUUAUUGUUUGUAUAUUUUAACAUUUAUUCAUUUCUAAGUGAGCAACGUAUAACAGUUAAUAAAGAAAUCUGCAAUCUUUACAUUGCAAAAAAAAAAAAAAAAAAAAAAACACUGCAUAUAUGGUAAAUACUAUAUGGCUGUAAUAUUGUUGUUAUUGUUUUAAAAAUGCAUAUUAUGUUUAUUAUUAAUGAUUGUGCACCUCCAAAACCAGAAAUAAAGUAUUAAUUAAUAAUUGGUUUGCUAUAUAGGUUAUUGGAACACUUAAAAAACAAAAUAUAAUCUGUAUUGGUCAUUCUAAAAAAAUCUCAAUAAUCUUAUAGAUCAAUGCAAAUGUCUAAAAAUCAAUACAUUUACUAUAUAAAUAAACCACUGCAUACAAAACAAUUGGUAUUACACUUUUUGUAUUACUCAUUUCCCGGUUUGCACAGAUGGACAUCUUUAGUGUCACAUGUCAUCAAAGAAAUAUCCAUGACAUCACGACUGCAGAUAACCGACUCCUCUCUGUCUUGAUAAGGCGACUUCUGAAGCAAACACUCAUCAUUUAACAUGGAACUGGACAAGGAACAACAGGAGAGCUACUUUAUUGUAGUGAGGAGAACCAAGAAGGGCUUAUCUCGCGGGGCGAUUGGGCGCGCGGAUGCGGAGACAGCAGCAGGAGAACUCAUAGGAAUGGUUUAUGGAGGAAGUGGCAGUGCUAGGAGCAGUGGCGCGGUGAAGAAACAGGACACAUACCCGCUCUCACGCCAUCAAGCUCAGCUACUUUUGUUCGUUUCUCCUGCCAGCAGGCGACUGGAACUCCUGAGCAACGUCCAGCUCUUCAGUGCAAUUUGUGACCUUGCUCAGGAUGAUCUUGUAGUGGUCAAACACAAGAAGGACUUUCAACCAUGCCUGGUCAAAAAUCUGAUUCAGAUAGGCAAGAAGGACAAACCAGGAGUCUUGCAAAUGCUGGGAUUUGAGCUGGACUUGGUGGACACUGAGCGGGAUAUUUUGACGAAGAAGACUGUCCCUCUUCCCUUCUUCAGUGCAGCUGACAUUGUCCAGGUGGCUCCGUCACAUUUAAACACCAGGCAGCCGCUGAGAGUCAGCACUGAUUUGGGUUUGAACAGGAAAGCAGUGUCACGCAUAUAUUCCAUGCCAGCUCUCAACUCACGCAAUGCAAAAAAAGGAAGUAUCUUAUCCAACAAGGAUAUGGCUAACUCCAUUAAGGCCUUGUCCCAUUAUUCUUUGGAGGUGGGGUCCAUGGCAGAGGUCAUAUCUUUGAAUGGACUGAAAGUGUAUGGGGUGAUCAGAUGGAUUGGAGUUCCAGUUGGAAAGAAACAUUACUGGGCAGGACUUGAGCUGGACACUGAAGCGACGACUUGUUCGGAUGGGACGCUUGGUACGAAACGGUAUUUCACCUGUGAAGGAAACAAAGCCUUGUUUGUGCCACUGACCAACUGCAAACCAGACAGUAGAUUUCUGUUCAAUCCGAAUGAGAAUGAGAAACCACUUGAACCUCCUUCAGUCAUACUCCUGGAAGAUUUGGAUGAAGAUGUUCCCCCUGUUGCCGAGCAAGAUGUUUUGUCUCAUCUGGUGGGCAGAAUGAGGGGAAUCCAAGGUCACUUCAACUCCUGCUAUCUAGAUGCCACUCUCUUUAGUCUCUUCACGUCAUCCACAGGUUUCAACAGAAUGUUUAACAGAUCAGCAGAUAGUGAGGAAGGCAUUUCACACAUUUUAAGACGGGACAUUGUGAACUGUUUACGCCGAUCGGGCUUUGUUCCAGCUGAGAGUGUGAUGAAGUUUCGUAAACAGCUGGGCUGCAAAUCUUUUGCUACAGAGGAGAAAGAUCCAGAGGAGUUCAUCACCCUACUGCUAAAGGAUGUUUUACACAUAGAGCCAUUGCUCAAAAUCAGGUCACAUGGAGAGUUGUCACAGGAUGCCUAUACACAUCAGAUCAUUGUAGAGAAGAAUCAGGUGGGAGCCGUGCCUUCAGUUCAACAGCUGCUUGAGAUGUCUUUAGUAUCAAGUGAUCUGAAGUUUGAAGAGAUUCCAUCUUGCCUUAUAGUUCAGAUGCCACGAUUUGGAAAGAAGUUCAAGAUGUUCCCUAAAAUCAUUCCCUCAACAGAACUGGACAUCACAGAUGUCUUGCAUUGUUCUCCUCGGGAAUGUUUUCUGUGUGGUCAUGUAGCUGAAUAUGAGUGUGACCAGUGCCUGAUGGACCAUAAGCUCCAGCCAGGCAAAAUUAAGCAGUAUUGCUCUACCUGCAACACACAGGUUCACACUCAUCCCUCCAGACAGGAACACACUCCUCACAAACUUACAGUUCCAGAUCAUCUUCCAGAAGAUGCAUCAGUACAGAGGCACCAGAUGCAACUCUUUGCAGUUCUCUGUAUAAACACCAGCCAUUAUGUGUCUUUUGUCAAAUAUGGGCCUGACCCACGGUCCUGGAUCUUCUUUGACAGCAUGGCUGACCGAUGCGGUGAUGAUAACAAUGGCUACAACGUUCCCGUGAUCAGGUCCUGUCCUGAGGUUGGAGACUUCCUUUCCCAGUCUGAGGAGGAGAUCUCCACAGCAGAUCUGAGUCAGUGCAGUGAGCUGGUGCGCAGACUGCUGUGUGAUUCAUACAUGUGUCUGUAUCAGAGAACAGACAAUCACCCUCAGCAUCAUCAAUGAGCAGAGACAUCUGUGAUAUCUUUGGACUACUGUGUCCUUUCUGUAUCUCUUGUGCCAUUACAUCAUGAGAGCGGACACAUGAAGGAUGUUUUCUUUGCUCUGUUCUUGAUCAAAUUGUUCUAAUGAUUUAUAAUGGAAGUUUAUUUAUAAAUAAAAGGGCUGUACACUAAGACAUUUUAUCUGGAAGAGAUAUACAUUUACAUACAAUCAACAAUAUAAUCUAAUUUGAUUUGACAAUUAGUACCAGGAUGCCAUAUUUAUGAUUACAUGUUUAUUUUUACUUUAUUAGCAUAUUCUAUUUUUAUUGACAAUUAUUAAUUAUUCUAUUUUUAUUGACAAUUAUAAGUUGUAGGAUGUUUAUAUUUGUAUUAAACCAUUGUUGUACCAAACUCA